CGUCUCUACACUAUAGUUAAUUCAGCUAAUAGCAACGUCGUAGUAAUUAUAUGGAGUCUGAAAAUUACACACAGUCUGACCUGGAAAAGUUAACGGAAAAGUUGAAUCGCGGCCGAGAACUCACGCGCCGGCUAAGAGAAAUGAUAAAAAAACCAGAAGCAGAUGUCGGAGAUGUAUUGACUGAGGAUUUGGUGGGGAAAAUAAUGAGUUCAUUUUCUGAGACUAUAUCGAUACUAAGAUCUAAUGAAUUCAGUGAAGUUUCUCAAAUUGUGAAGUCGACUGAAGACUCAAGUGGUAGUUGCAAGACUUCGUCAAUGAAAGAUCGACGAGGACGCUACAAAAGAAGGAAAACUUUAGAAACAACCAUUAAAGAAACCUCAACUUUAGUGGAUGAUGGCCAUGCAUGGAGAAAAUAUGGUCAGAAGCACAUUCUCAAUGCCAAAUAUCCAAGGAACUACUUUAGGUGCACUCAUAAAUUUGAUCAAGGAUGCGAAGCAAACAAACAGGUGCAAAGAAUUCAAGAAAAUCCGCCACUAUUUCGAGUCACGUACUAUGGUCAUCACACAUGCAAAACUUUUCCUAAAGUUUCUCAAAUGAUCUGUGAUUCACCAACUCAUGAUGAAGAUUCUUCAGUUCUACUUAACUUUAAUUCUACUAAUAAUCAUCACCAUUUUUUGGAUUUGAUGGUGGGAACUGUUGAAUUUGCUGAUUUAUCUUUUGAAUUUUAAACAUUAAUUAGGUUCGAUCUCUUUUUCUUAAUUAAUUUCUCGUGUAAUGGGGGAAGAUAUAUAUGUGGUUCAGAAUAGGUGUAAAUGAUUUGUAUAAUGUUGACGUAUAGUUUUUAGCAAAGCACUAGCUGGUUUGGAAUGAGAAUAAUUUUUGCUUCAACAUA